UUCUGAAAUGAUGUGUUCAGCCAGCCUGCUCUGUUUCCCCAUCAGUUCCAGAUUCAUUGUGCCAUCUUUGGCAUAGACAAUUUACGCAGAUUAUUUGGGAUCUGCUGCCUUUAUUUGUGUUCCACAUCACAGAGAUGCUUUCCCAUAUCCUUUUGUUCAUCAGCCUCCUGUUUAAGAAUUUGGCUCAUUUUCUUUGGUCUGUGCUCCGAUAUAUCCCAGUUUUAGAGAGCCUGGUGUUGCACCAGAAACAGCAGCCAGUCACCUUUAGCCACCGGAAGGGCUUGGAAUGUAUAUCACCAUUUUUCUCCAGUGUGGAAGAAACUCCUCAAGUUAUCCCAACAAAGGCAGAAGGGCAGGUCCCCAAAUGGCUCAAGGGCAAGCUGCUGAGGAAUGGGCCGGGGAAGUUUGAGUUCGGAAAAGAUAAGUUUAACCACUGGUUUGAUGGCAUGGCUCUGCUGCACCAGUUUGAGAUUGAGGAUGGGGUUGUGAAAUACAGCAGCAAGUUCCUACGGAGCAAUUCCUAUGUCACUAACAGCAAGAAUAACCGGAUCAUGGUUUCUGAAUUUGGAACCACAACUUUGCCAGACCCUUGCAAGACCAUUUUUGAGCGUUUCAUGUCAAGAUUUGAAAUGCCAAAACCAACAGACAAUUGCAAUGUGAACUAUGUGAUCUACAAAGGUGACUAUUACGUUAGCACAGAGACCAACGUAAUGCACAAGGUGGAUCUGGAAACGCUUGAAACAAAGGAGAAGGUGGAUUGGACAAAGUACAUUGCAGUGAAUGGUGCAACUGCCCACCCACAUUAUGAUCCAGAUGGGACAGCGUACAACAUGGGCAAUUCGUUUGGGAAACAUGGCUCCAACUAUAACAUCAUUUGUGUCCCCCCGCAGACACCUGGCUCCAACGAUGCCACGUUGCAGGGUGCGAAAGUGCUGUGCACCAUUGAGCCAGAGAAUAAGAUGAAACCCUCCUAUUACCACAGCUUUGGAAUGAGUGAAAACUAUGUGAUCUUUAUUGAGCAGCCCCUCAAAAUAAACCUGUGGAAGAUUAUUGUAAGCAAGAGCCUUGGGAAAUCCUUUUUGGAUGGGAUCAGCUGGGAGCCUCAGCAAAACACUCGCUUCCAUAUUAUAAACAAGCUCACGGGGCAGGUGUUGCCCGGGCAGUACCACAGCAAGCCCCUCAUGUCUUUCCAUCAAAUCAAUGCCUUUGAAGAUCAAGGAUGCAUUGUACUUGAUCUUUGCUGUCAAGAAGAUGGAAGCGCUGUUGACGUCUACCGCCUGCAGAACCUCCACAAAGCAGGGGAAGCUCUGGACCAGGUGUAUAAUUCAUUACCGAAGCCAUAUCCGUGGCGCUUUGUUCUGCCCAUCAAUGUGAGUCCCAAGACAGCCGUGGGAAAGAAUCUCAGCCCCUUGGCCUACACGUCAGCAAGCGCUGUGAAAGAAGCUGAUGGGAAGAUCUGGUGCACACAUGAAAGUCUACAUAACGAGAACCUUAAGGAAGCAGGAGGGCUAGAAUUCCCCCAAAUUAACUAUGCUCGUUGCAAUGGGAAGAAAUACCGUUUCUUCUAUGGCUGUGGCUUUGGACACAUGGUUGGAGACUCAUUGAUCAAGACUGACAUAGAAACCAAGGAGAUGAAGAUUUGGAAAGAGGAUGGAAUGUACCCUUCUGAACCAGUGUUUGUUCCAGAACCUAACUCUGCUGCAGAAGACAGUGGAGUCAUUCUAUCCAUAGUGCUCACACCCAAGCAGAAUCGAGGCAGUUUCCUGCUCAUUUUGGAUGCUAAGAAUUUCACUGAAGUGGCCCGGGCAGAAGUUCCUGUCCAAAUCCCCUAUGGCUUCCAUGGCAUGUUUGUUCCACAUUAACUGCACUACACUUGAUCUUAGCCAAAAGGCUGAGAAACUGUUAGCUGGUGACCAUAGACUAAAAUGGGAUUUCCAUGACGCUCUGUGCCUAAAACUUCUCUUUUGUGACCUUGGGCAAGUUUCUUAAUCUUAACGCUUGCUGAAAUUCACGGAUAUGUUGUGAGGGGAAAUAUAUGUGAUGGAUAAGAUAUAUAUUAACCAUAUAUAAAGGUUGUUUUGGGGUUUUUUUUAAGUGAUACUCAAAGAUUAUAAAGCUUAAAUUCAAAAUUUUUGGCAAUUUUAAUCUUGUAGACUUUAUUUUUGUAUUAAUUAUAUAUGUUAUACUUCAAUUAUAUAAAUGUGAUUAAUGCCCUUUGGGUAUUUACUGCAUUUUUUUAAAAAACUUUACAGUAAAAACAAAUGUUUUGCACUUUUUGAGGGAAGAUGUUUGGCAAAAAUACAACACUUAGCACACCUUCACUACAACUUUUCAAGUGGAUGGAUGCCAUUUUAUCACCCCAUGAAUUUUUUAACCAGUCUUUUAAUUAGUACCAAAAUGCUUUUCCAAAGAUAUAUCACUUAAAUGACAGAGUGUUAUGAUGCUACUUUUGUUUUUCAAAAAUAAUUAAUAAUAACAACCCCCCACCCCCGGUCUUUCUGGUCACUGCCAUUUUAGCAGUGUGAGCACAUGCUUUUCUUAAUUAAACAGUUCUGAUCUAAAUGCCAAACACUUCUCAUUCUUCUUCUUCUUUUUACAUUUCACAGGCAAUAAUCAGGUAAUCAUUCUUAAAUUAAUAAGUAUUUUAGCACAUUAAAUCA